GAACCGUCCCGUCCCGGUGCAAAAAGUUCAAGUCGUUUGCCAAGUCGAAGAACAACAACCCAAACCCCAAACCCCUGAAAUGGCUUUCAUCAAAUCCGUUGUGUGCCUGGCCGUGCUCGGAGUUGCCGCCGCUGGAGUCGUCCCGCUGGCCCAUGACUACCAGGGAGACUACUACGCUCACCCACAAUACUCCUACAACUAUGGUGUCCAUGAUAGUUUGACCGGAGAUGUGAAGUCGCAGGUGGAGAGCCGCGAUGGGGAUGUGGUGAAGGGUCAGUAUUCGCUGGUCGAGCCGGACGGUUCGGUGCGCACCGUCGACUACACCGCCGAUGAUGUGAACGGAUUCAACGCCGUCGUCAGCAAAUCGGCCCCGUCCGUCCACGUUGCCCACCACGCUGCCCCCGCCGUCGUCGCCCACGCCGCCCCAGCCCAUGUCGCGGUGGCCCAUGCCGCCCCGGCCGUCUACGCCAGCCACGCCGCCCCGGCCGUCUAUGCUAGCCACGCCGCCCCAGCAGCCGUCUAUGCUGCGUCCCCGCUGAAGACCGUUGUGUCGCACCACGCCGUCCCGUCCGUGUACGCCGCGGCCCAUGCUCCGGCUGUCUACGCCUCGCACGCUUAUGCUCCGGCUCACGGAACCGUCGAGUACCACGGCAAGGCCGCCGCCCCGCUGUGUCAGUGUCAAGUUUACGAACCGUCCAGGAAAGCGAAAAUGGUUGCCCGUACCUGCUGUGCCGCGCUGCUGCUGGCUUUGGCCAUGUUUGGAAGCUGUGUCCUGGCCCGCCCCGGAUACGACGUCGACUACUAUGAUCAUCCCAAGUACGCGUUCAACUACGGCGUCGCUGACCAUAGCACCGGUGACGUGAAAUCGCAGCACGAAACUCGGGACGGGGACGUUGUUAAAGGACAAUACUCGCUCGUCGAACCGGACGGUUCCGUGCGUACCGUGGACUACACCGCCGAUCCGAUCAACGGAUUCAACGCGGUAGUUUCGAAGACGGCCCCGCUCGUGCACGCUCACGCGCCCGUCGUGAAGCACGUCGUCCCGGCGUUGAAGACCCUUCACCACCACGUGCCGGUCCAGAAGUAUGUCUACGCUCACGAACCCGUUGUGCAUGUCGCCAAGACCGGUCACUACACCGAGCAUGCACCGGCCGUGCACUACGGAGACUACAACGACGGAUACUACGGCCACUACGACGAUAGCCACUACUACUAAGCAGCAACCGCCAGGGCACCGAACACCGGCGGGUCCGCCUUGGAUUUGUUUGCAGAACGACUCUCCUCAAAGCGAUCGCCUUUAACCCGCUAGGAAGCGUUCCGGAGACAGACUGCGGUUCAAUGCAAGGCUUGUUUUGGCCAGUGCUAUCAGCCCAAUCAUAUUCAUACACUCACCAGUGUGAUCACACACCAGUAUUGCAUAAAUGCAUUAGCUCGUACCAUUUUAGAUGCGUAAGUCAGCUGCGGCAAACGAGCCGCGGGCCAGUCGGCCGCGCCUCCUGUAAAUAUGAUGAUCUUGUUGAUAUCUGCCUCCCAUACUGCUGUGCCCUCAGACGCGGGUAGGUUUCGAAAACUGAUCUCUUCUCUAUUUUAUACCUCUUUACCUCUUCCUCAAUUUGUUCCAAGUGGAUUCGCUAGAGCCGCCAAUCUCGGAAGGUCGUUGGCGUAACUCGUAGCUUCACUCGUUCACUGGUACUCCGACGACUAAUCGGUAUCUUGUUUCGGUACAAUUGUGUUUCGAAGCCCUCCGCCACGUGGGAGGGUAUUUAAAUCACAGUGUUCCACCAACGCCGAGUGAGGCGGGCGAAGAAAAACAAACCCACAACUAUCUCACGCCAUUGCACACCACCACGCUCGUGCACUCUCAGACAAUGUACAGACACCUCACAGCGCUAAUGAUCACGAUAGAGAUAAUUGAUAAUUAUUUGGUGUGUUAAUGACAUGAUUAUCAAACCGCCAACCGCCUUUUCUCGGCAGCCCAACGGCCCAUAAUCCACGGUGAACGCCUUAAUGCAGUCAAGGCCAGUUUCUUAUUGCCCCUCUUACUGUUUCUUUACUUUCGUGUUUUCCGUUCCAACAUGCAUCUCACUAUCUGCGUAGUGUUGCGUAUCAGCGUCUCUCUAGCGUCUGUUUGUAGCGUGCAGCAAUGAAAUAAAAUUUUGUUACCAAAAUGAUUGUAAUUUUCCCGUGUCCGUGCAUUUACCCUAGGAGAUAUCACACGUUAAUGUAUUGAGUUAACAUAUUCAGGCAAAUAUACUUAUAUUCCUGU